AUGCCGGCAAUCAGUGAUCUUUCCCUUGGAAUGAGCAUUCAGGUGCGGGUGGAGAAGAAGCAGGUGAGCGGGUGGAUCCGCUUUUUGGGCACGACCAAGUUCGCGGAGGGCGACUGGGUCGGGGUGGAGCUGGAGGAGCCACGUGGCAAAAAUGAUGGCUCAGUGAAGGAUCAACGCUACUUCACCUGUGAGGAGGCGCAUGGGCUCUUUGUGCGGCCUGCCAAUGUGGACGUGAAGAGAAAAGCUCGGAAGACUGCCCAAGCACAACAGGACAUGAAGAACUUGAAGCUUGCAUUGGCAGAAGCAGUUGAACCUCGGAGAACGACGAAGAUGCCAUCCUUCGGUUGCUCCCCAAAGCACAGGCACAGGGUGUGCCGAAGGAAGAGCUGGAGUUAG